CUGAGUUUGAUUUUGAUCAAAGGGGCGGCUAGUUUGGAAGUAACCAUGCUUCUUCCUAUUCUUUCCCAAACAGAUAGUCCAUUUUCUCCAGCUCACCCAAACAGUCCCCCCAACCAACAAACGAUCAAGAAUGAGAAGCGCCGGCAAACAACAUUUUUACACACUCCGUCGCUUCCUAAUUUUCCAGUUUAUCAUUAUCCGUAAUAUUUCGGUAGCUCUAGCCGUCGACACCAUAACGCCGGCGCAACCACUCGCCGGUAACCAAACCUUAGUUUCCUCUGGCGGGCUAUUCGAAUUAGGAUUCUUCACCCCCCGUGGCUCCGAUAAAAUCUACGUCGGGAUAUGGUACAAGCAAAUCAAAGACAAGACCGUCGUCUGGGUCGCAAACAGAGACGGCCCUCUCUUCAAUUCCGGCGGAAUCUUGAAAAUCGACGACGACGGAAACAUCUACCUACUCGACAACUCCGGGAAUUCCACAUGGUCAACGGCAAGUCAAUUGGGGCGGAAGAACACGGUCGCGCAGCUGCUCGAUUCCGGGAAUUUCGUUCUCCGGCAAGAACACGACGAGAAGAAUUAUUUAUGGCAGAGCUUCGACUACCCGACGGACACUCUGCUACCGGGUAUGAAGCUGGGCUGGGAUUCAAGAUCCGGGUUGAACCGUUUCAUCACAUCAUGGAAAAGCUCCGACGAUCCGUCGGAGGGGGCGUACACCUUCAAGGUAGACCUCAAUGGCUUGCCGGAGUGUUUCUUAAGAGACAGAGACGCCGUCGAUUACCGAAGCGGGCCGUGGAACGGCCUGCGAUUCAGCGGCGUCCCAGAAAUGAUGCCCACCAAACUCAUAACAUUUUCAUUUGAGAUAACAGAGGAUUCCGAAUACUACAUAUUCGAGCUUCACAACAGAACUCUGUAUUCAAGAUUAAUGGUGACCCACGAAGGCGCUCUGGAGAGGUACGCGUGGAUUCCGACGACCAAGAUUUGGAACAAAUUCUGGUACGCCCCGAAAGACCAGUGCGACAACUACCGGGUCUGCGGCGCGUUCGGGAUAUGCAAUAUAACCAUGUCGCCGCUGUGUCAAUGUCCGCCCGGGUUCCGGCCGCGAAACCAACAGGCGUGGGAUCUCCGGGACGGCUCCGACGGCUGUUACCGGCACGAUGAGCUGGAUUGCGAGAAAGACGGAUUUUUGACAUUCAAUUAUAUGAAGCUGCCUGACACGUCGAGGACCUUCGUGGACAGGACGAUGGGUUUAAAUGAAUGCAGGGAAAUGUGCAAGAAGAAUUGUUCCUGCACGGCUUAUACGACCGCGAAUGUGUCCGACGGCGGCUCUGGAUGUGUCAUUUGGACGACGGAGCUUAUUGACAUGCGGCAGUACGCGGCGGUUCAAGGCGGCCAGGUACUGUACAUCCGUUCGGCUGCCUCCGAUGUAGAACAAGGUGGAGGAGAUGGAUCUGGGGGUUCUUCUGCCAAGACAAAACAAAUAGUUUUAGCAUGUGGCCUUGCAGUUGCUGCUGCUCUUGUUCUGUGUGCAGUAAUCUCAAUGCUGCUAUUGCGCUCGAGAAGGAAACGAAAAUUAUCACGUAGAGUUGUUACACUAAGAAAUGCAGACCUUAGAAGUUCACGUGACAGAAGUCAAGAUCUUCUUGUGAACACCGGUAUGAUCCCAAGUAGAGGAGAGUAUUCGGGGGAGACUAUGAUGACAGAUGAUUUUGAAUUACCAUUGUUCGACUUUAGCUCCAUUGUUAUGGCUACUGACAACUUCGCCGAUGCAAAUAAGUUAGGUCAAGGUGGUUUUGGUUGCGUCUACAAGGCAGUGAUGGAUGAAGGUCUUGAAAUAGCAGUGAAGAGACUAUCAAGGAAUUCAGGUCAAGGAGUGGAAGAAUUUAUGAAUGAACUUAGAUUGAUUGCAAGGCUCCAACAUAGAAAUCUUGUUCAAGUUCUUGGAUGUUGUGUUGAUAUGGAAGAGAAAAUACUAAUAUAUGAAUACAUGGAAAACAAGAGCUUGGAUUCAACUUUAUUUAACAAGCAAAAAAGCUCAAUGCUAACCUGGAAAACACGGUUCAACAUCAUAAGUGGAGUAGCUCGCGGGCUUCUAUACCUUCACCAAGAUUCAAGAUUUAGAAUAAUCCAUAGAGACCUUAAAGCUAGCAACAUUCUUCUCGAUAAAGAAAUGAACCCCAAAAUAUCUGAUUUCGGGAUGGCAAGAAUUUUCGGCGGAGAUGAGGGUGAAACAAGUAAUACUAAGAGAGUAGUAGGAACAUACGGUUAUAUGUCUCCUGAGUAUGCAAUGGAUGGGCUAUUCUCGGUCAAAUCUGAUGUUUUCAGCUAUGGAGUUCUCGUGUUAGAAAUUGUGACAGGGCAGAAAAACCGAGGGUUUUACAAUCAAAACAAUGAGGAAAACCUUCUUGGACAUUGUUCAAAGCUAUGGAGAGAAGGAAGAUGGUCAGAGUUAGUGGAUCCAAUCAUAGGAGAGUCUUACUCUCAAAGUGAAGUGAUGAGAUGCAUUCAAGUUGGAUUGUUGAGUGUGCAAGAGAUGGCAGAAGACAGGCCAAAUAUGGCAAAUGUGGUGUUAAUGUUGGGCAGUGAAAGCGCGACACUUCCCGAACCUAAAAAUCCGGGGUUUUGUAUGGGACAAAGACCUACAAAUAUGGAAUCAUCUACUAGUAAUAAUUAUGAGGAGAGUUGUACUGUAAAUCAAGUCACAGUUACUAUCCUAGAUGGCCGCUAACCCUGUUAGAAAUAAUUCAAGGAAGGUUUGGUAAAUUGGGAGGCUAAAUUAGAAAUAAUAUGGAACAUAUAUUUGAACAAAUGGGAAGACUCUUCUUAUGAGAACAACUCAAAUUAGUUUGAUUUACUAUAUACAAAGCGGUGUAGGAAAGCUCUUUUUAUACUAGUACAAGAGUAUCUAUAUUCUUCUACAAUUAAUUCAUUCUGCA